UCUGACCACAAGAAACAUAGAUAUGUUCUUUUUGGACUGAUUGACAAACAGGCAGCCAAUCAGCGUUUACUGAGCCACACACAGGCAGCCAAUCAGCGUUUGCUGAUCAACGUGCAGCCAAAUAUCCCGCCCACGGCGCUUAGUAUGAGAUGGAGAGAGGAGUGUUGCUGAAUGACAAACAUUACCGUUUAAUGUGUAUUAUCACUGGUGUUACUGUGUUUUGCCUCUAUUCAGUUCUACAAGUGAAGACGAGCAUCAGACCAUCAGGAAUAAGUGAAAUCUGAAAGACAGAGUUUAUUGAAGGACAGUGAGAAGAUGAGUGAUCCAGAACCCUGCAUAAUUAAAGAGGAAGAGGAACCCUGCAGAAUUAAAGAGGAAGAGGAACCCUGCAGAAUUAAAGAGGAAGAGGAAGCCUGCAGAACUAAAGAGGAAGAGGAACCCUGCAGAACUAAAGAGGAAGAGGAACCCUGUAGAACUAAAGAGGAAGAGGAACCCUGUAGAAUUAAAGAGGAAGAGGAAGUCUGUAGAAUUAAAGAGGAAGAGACUGAAGAACUAACAGACUUUAUUGAAGAGGAUGAGGAGAAUGAAGAUGUUAAAUUUGUACAAGCUGAGAAAAUCCCUCAUUUAUUGACUGAAGGUAUUAUUUUAAAGAAAGGAGACAAGAAAAGUUUCACCUGCACUGAGUGUGGAAAGAGUUUGACAUCCAAACAGGUUCUAAAGCGUCACAUGAGGAUUCACACUGGAGAGAAACCAUUCACAUGUACUCAGUGUGGGAAGAGUUUCAGUCAAUCAUCAUCUCUUAAAUCACACAUGCUGAUCCACACUGGAGAGAAAACACACACAUGUGAUCAAUGCGGCAAAACAUUUUUGAUUCCUUCACACCUGGAGAUCCAUCUUAGAGUUCACACUAAAGAGAAACCGUAUUCAUGCUCUGAGUGUGGAAAGAGUUUUACACAGCAGUCAAAUUUCAAACUGCAUCAGAAGACCCACAUUGGAGUGAGAGAGUACAUGUGCUUUGAGUGUGAGAAGACUUUUGUUAGAGCUGAUUAUUUGAAACAGCACCAGAAGACUCACACUGGAGAGAAACCGUACACAUGUGAUCAGUGUCUGAAGAGUUUCACACACUUGUCAUAUCUUAAGAGACACAUGAAAAUCCACACUGGAGAAAAGAAGUACACAUGGCAUCAAUGCAGCAAAAUGUUUUCUCAUGUGUAACUGGGGAAAGUAAAUCCAUCUUGAGUAUUUGCUUCUUUUAUCAAUAGUUUCAUGUUCAUCUCUUUUAAUUAUUACUUCAUUUACUCAAUAGGUCACGCUGAAGUUUAAUUUCAGCCAGCCUGCCUCAGCGCUUUCGGUGAACUGUCUUUUCAUUAUAAAAUUGGCACAUUUACAGGUGCAGUAAGUGAUUGUCUUCACUAGUUGUGCUGGUUGAAAGUCUCUUCACAUUCCAAUAAUAAUGAUUAAAGUCAUGAUCUAAUUUUUUUUAUGUCUUUCUAGACUAGAAAAGGCUCAUCCAAUUAAAUAAUCUCAAGCCGAUCAUUUUGAUAAGUAGCCCAAACUGUCACCUCUGUUCAUGCAUAAAAACAAAUGCUAAUUCAAAACUUUUUAAAAUCCUGAAUCAAUAUUGGAGUUGGAUGGAAAACACCGAUGUGAAAGAUUAGAAAGUAAACUAUUCUUAUCAAUAGUUUCCUUUUCUUUUUUUUUGGUGCUCAUCUCUCUCCAUGAGUAUCACAUUUACCCAAUAGGUCAGAAUACAAAUGUACAUUUAACUUAUUUAAGCAGAGUGACAAAUUAAAAUGUUUAAAAUUAAAACACUUUUUCAGUGGUUACAUUUAUUAAAUUUGUUGCCAUAAGGAAACCACACAUCUCUGGAUCACCUAUCACGUGUUCAGGUUGGCCUAGGCUAAAUACGAGCAGAUAUUAACAUUUAUUACUGAAAUAUUAAGUCAGUCACUGCAUUCAAAUAUUUUAAUAUUUGCCCCCAUCAUUUGUGCAGCUAUAUCAGAC